CAAAAAGAAUGUUGGAAGAAAGAAGCAGAGAAAAGGCAGAAGAUAGGGCAGCUCGAGAACGGAUAAAACAGCAAAUUGCUUUGGAUCGUGCGGAAAGAGCUGCUCGUUUUGCAAAGACAAAAGAAGAAGUAGAGGCUGCCAGAGCUGCUGCCUUGCUGGCCAAACAAGCAGAAAUGGAAGGCAAGAGGGAAUCAUAUGCUCGAGAAAGAAGCACCAUUGCAAGAAUCCAGUUUCGUCUGCCUGAUGGCUCUUCCUUUACAAAUCAGUUUUCUUCUGAUGCUCCUCUAGAAGAAGCAAGACAGUUUGCAGCACAGACAGUUGGCAACACUUACGGUAAUUUUUCAUUAGCAACCAUGUUUCCCAGGAGAGAAUUUACCAAAGAAGAUUAUAAAAAGAAAUUGUCUGUGAGAAAUGUCUUUGUAUUUUCAUCGGGCUUACAUUCAGUCUGUGUGUCUUUUUUGUACUCCUCCUUCUACACAGACUUCAGUGAGAACGCCAUCACCAGAACCUUCAAACCUUACAUCAUCUGGCAAAUCAGAAAAAAGUUUGGCUUUGACCAGAAUUGUGGAAAAAACUGA